UCAUUCUCGCUCUCUGUCUCCUUUAUUUGUUUAUAUUUUUUUUCUUUUUUUCGUUCCUUUUUUAACUACUUUUCUCGAUACGACAAGGUCCAGCGGGAGAGAUGGCGAGCGGUAAAGGAGGAAUAUGUAAUGCCGUGCCAGCAAGAGUGUCACUAUUGCUCCUGACGGCGGCCGGUGUUAUGGUGUUAUACAUCGUCCGAGUUAAUCUGUCUGUCGCUAUCGUGGCCAUGUCAUACACACCCACCGCGGACUCGAGCAGCGGCGCCUCCACCAAAGCCUUCUGUUGGAGGAAUGAGACGGUCAGCAGCGGCCCUUCGUCAGCAGAGUCGCCAACAGAAGAGUCAGUAUAUAAUGGCACUGAUGCUGAACUUAAUAAUACAAGUCCCACUUCAGACAAGAUGAUGCUGACGGGGGCGCAAAAGGGCUUGGUUCUCGGGGCCUUUUUCUAUGGAUACUUUAUCACUAAUAUCCCCGGUGGGCGGUUGGCGGAGAUGUACGGCACGAAGCGAGUGUUCGGGGGCGCCAUCCUUGUGGGCGGCCUGUUGGACCUCCUCACGCCCGUCGCCGCCCGCAUCCACUUCGGCGUCCUCAUCGGUCUCAGGACUCUAAUAGGACUCUCACAUGGUAUGGUAUACCCCGCCCUCAACGUGAUGGUGGCGAAGUGGAUUCCACCCCUUGAGCGCCCGAGGUUCAUAUCCUUCACAUAUAUGGCCAACUGCCUGGGCACCAUCGUUGCGCUACCGAUGUGUGGCCUGAUCAUCGCCGAGGUAGGCUGGCCGACGGUCUUCUAUGUCAGUGGUUCUAUGUCCUUGGUGUGGGUCGUCUUCUGGAUGACUCUGAUGCAUGACACGCCCGAGGAACACCCCAGGAUAUCGCCGGAGGAACGAGAGUAUAUUGUCAAUGCUGUGAAAGCAGGGACAAGCGCACGCAAUAAGCCCACGAAAACACCUUGGAAGAGCUUUAUGCUGAGCGUGCCGCUGUGGGCCACCAAUCUGGCUCACGUGGGAAGCAUGUUUGGCUUCAAUCUGCUCCUAACGCAGCUUCCUACGUACAUGAGUUCGGUUCUAGGAUUCUCCAUCAGGAGUAACGGGUUCCUCUCCUCGCUCCCUUUCCUCACCCAGUUCCUCGCCAGCGUGUCCUGUGGCGUCCUCGGAGACUGGCUUCUCACGCGCAAAUACAUCACUGUGUCUACUUCUCGAAAGAUGUUUGCCUUCGUGUCCCACAUCAUGACGGCAAUUGUGCUAGUGACGGUCGGCUACGUGGGAUGCAACGCCGCGCUUGCUGUUGCACUUUUUCCAGUUGCAACCGCUUUCUCGGGUGCUUACUGUUCAGGUCACAUGCCCAACCACCUUGACCUCUCUCCGAACUUUGCAGGGACUAUUCUGGGAGUUGGCAACAGUCUCGCAUUCAUGGUCUCUAUGUGCGUGCCCGUCAUUGUUGGUGCCAUGACACCUGACCAGAGCCUACAACAGUGGCAGUCGGUGUUCUGGGUGACAGCAGCUGUCUACGCCGCCACGUGGUUGAUCUUCGCCACUUUCGCGUCGACUGAAAUCCAACCUUGGAAUUUUGCCGAAGACGAAGAGAAAACCGAUAUGGAGUCGCAGAAAUUCUUGGAAGCCGAGAAAAAAGUCGAGAUCGUGAGAAAUGGAAAUGCCGAUACGAAGGAAGUCUCUUGAAUAAUAUAGUGGAAGAAUGUGUAAUGGUUGGUGCAUCAAUAUCUUGAUAAGGGGAUUGUUUUUGUAGCCGUUAUCCGUUUAAAGAUAUUGACCAUUAUUUUUUGGUGUUCAUUAAGAUUGAAAAUAUUGGGUCUAUUGAAAGGUUUUAUAGCAAGUGCGAUAUGUAGACCCUUAACGAAGAUGAAAUACAGUACUUCAAAAUUG